AGUCGACACGUAAAGCUAUAAAUAAAGAGGCUGUGAAGUUACCAAAUAUCUUCUUUACUUGUCCCAUUGUCCAUUCCCCCACCAUCAAUCUUCUAGAGAGAGAAACCAAAAAUCCUAGAGAGAGAGAACAAAGAUGGGAGGAGGAACAGAAGCUUUUCCAGAUUUGGGAAUACACUGCCAACUUUCAGAAUGCAAUCAACUCGAUUUUCUCCCUUUUAAAUGCGUUGCAUGUCAAAAGACGUUCUGUUUGGAGCACAGAGCAUACAAGUCCCACAACUGCCCCAAACAGGACCAUAAUAGCAGAAAGGUUGUCGUCUGCGAAAUCUGUUCAACGUCGAUUGAAACCACCGGACGCGAAGGAGAAGACGAGAAGGUGAUGUUGGAGAGACAUGAGAAAUCUGGAGAUUGCGACCCAAAGAAGAAAAAUAAACCAACUUGUGCAGUCAGGAGGUGCAGAGAGAUACUGACCUUCUCAAACACAAGCACAUGCAAAACUUGCCAACUUAAGGUCUGCCUCAAGCAUCGAUUCCCUGCUGAUCAUGCCUGCAAGCACAACUCAUCAUCGUCGUCAUCGGCCUCGGCAAGCUUCAAUAAGGAAGCAAACAAGUUUUUGAUGGCUUUGGCUUCACGGAAUGCCAAUGAUUGCUCAAAGAAAGGUCGUGAAUCAGCUUCUCCGCCAAGUACUCCAUCUGUAAAAGCCUACUGAGAUUGAGAGAACAUGUAAAAGAAUUAUUUUUUAUCAAUUACAUUAAUAUUCUGAUUGUUUUCUUUUUAUUUAA